GCUGCUUAUCGCCUAUCGCUUAUGCUUGCCAGUUGCCAGUUGCCAAUUCGUCCUAAUUACUCAUCGACUCGGUUCCACUUUUGGAAUUUUCGUAAUCAGUUCUUGUUUUUGUUUUUUUGGCCUUUACUUUCUUUCAGCAGGAAAUCCUGACCCACGGGAAUUCACGUAAACCACACCGACGAAUCUCACAAUGCUGUCACUUUUGCACUAUCAUUGAUUUUCCAAGCUUUUCCCUUUGAUUGUUUUCUGUUUUUUAAAUAUUUUUCCUUCCUGCAAAUCUGACACAAUGGUCGAUGUAGAAAAAGAGGAAGCCACUUCGCUCCAAAGUGAAUUCGAAUGGGUUUUGCACAAAGAAGUCCAUUUGGUGCUUAACCAACUGAAGACAAUUCUAGUGGAGUGCGUAAGGCGAUUUCCAAUCACAGUAAAUGCUGAGAAUCCACACAAGCCGGAAAAAUUUGUUUUAGCAAGCGGGAUAGACCAAUUGAAAGGUGUGAUUUCAUUAUCAGGAGACUGUAUUUCCCAUGCAGAGAUAGCGUUCAAAGUCCAACGUCAACAAUUGGUCCAAUACAGGACCACGAUUCAGAGCGAUAAUCCUUGGCGACUCCAUCAGGUGCAGGAUUCCGUGAACCAUUUGCACCAGGCCAUCGCCAUAAUUGACAACAUAGACAAAGACUAUACGUUCCAGUCGUCGGAAGAAGUACUCCAUAUCCUGGGCAAUAUACUUGGCUGCUUACAACGUGGAAGGACGUCGCUCAUUCUACCCCGUAAGAGGACUGUCGACGAUCUAAUGAAGAGUAGAAACAUGAAAUGCUUAGUGCCGAAUUUGCCUGAGGACCUGGCCUUGAGCUUUUACAUCCAGAGCCAUAAGCUUGUCUUUGCAGUUUAUCAAGUCAGCACUGUUCAUGGUGUGAUGAAGUUCGACUCUCAUCAGGCCGAGGCUUCAGUCCCUUGGCUUAACGAAGUGCUUGUCUUGUUCACCGUAGCGCUGCAAUUAUGCCAACAACUUAAAGAUAAGAUAUGCGUAUUUGCUCAGUAUAAGGAUUUCACAGUCAGUACAACACCACUCCAGGCUUAUUAAGGGCACUUCAGCGUUCCAACAAAACAAAAAUUUGAAAGUCACAAAUUGGUAACUCCUAGUCUUUUCUUUUGUCCUUAUAAUUCACAUGUUUUUAUAAAGGAAAUCUCAGUGUAAUUAAAAAAAUCCCAAGUUAUUGUAAAAAUGUUCCUUAGAAAGAGUUGGAUAAAAUAUUUACCAAUUGUCCGAAUUAACUAUUUAGAACCUUUGAGAAAUUGUACAUUGUACCUCUACACUGUGUGAUUUUGUAAAAAAAAAUUAGUUACCGUAGAUGUAGACAAUUAUCAAUCAAGAUACUAUGUAUUAUGCAAACUGUAAUUUAGCAGCUAAUCUUAUUUAAUAUGAGGUAAUAAUCUCAUUAAUGUAUUCCGUGCGUUUGCACACCUCCUAAGGCCAUUUAUUUUAUAUAAAUGUUUUAGUCAAAUUAUAUACUCUGUAAUUUAUUUUAAUAGCCACCCUUGUACAAAGUUGGCUCAAAUUAAAUUUUUUAACAAGGUUCCCUUACAUAUUGUUUUAUUUUUUAUUUAUAUUAAUCAAUUUAAAAGAAAAAUGUUAUUGUAAGUUAAGACAAUAAUAUUUGGGAGAGGCUGUGUAUAUAAAAAAUUAUUGUACAUUACACUGCAAGCAAUAAAUUUGUUAUAUAGUUA